AUGGUGUUGAACACGUGGAGCAGUGCUCUGGUGGUUUUGGUCCUGCUGGUGGCCCGUCGGGCGUCCUGCGGGUACCUCCCCAUGGGGAUGGGGAUGGGCAAUAUGAUUGCCGGAGGCGGGGGCAAGUUGGCGGGAAUGGGGGGCGGCGUGAUGGCUUCCCAGGGAGCCGGGAUGAUGGGAGGUGGUGCAGGAAUGAUGGGAGGUGGUGCAGGAAUGAUGGGAGGUGGUGCAGGAAUGAUGGGAGGUGGUGCAGGAAUGAUGGGAGGUGGUGCAGGAAUGAUGGGAGGUGGAGCAGGAAUGAUGGGAGGUGGAGCAGGAAUGAUGGGAGGUGGAGCAGGAAUGAUGGGAGGUGGUGCAGGAGGAAUGAUGGGAGGUGGAGCAGGAAUGAUUGGAGGUGGUGCAGGAGGAAUGAUGGGAGGUGGAGCUGGGAUGGUUGCAAACGGAGGCGGCGUUGGAAUGGGCAUGGGAGGCGGCGGUUUGCACACAAACAUAGGAAUGAUGGGAGGUGGCGCUGGAAUGAUAGGAGGCGCUGGAAUGAUGGGAGGCGGUGCAGGAAUGAUGGGAGCAGGAGCAGGAAUGGGAAUGAUGGGAAUGGGCGGAAUGCACCAUGGAUAUGGAGGAGCAGAAGCCGAUGGAGGUUCUUAUGCUAAUGGAAAGAAAAACUUGAAUGAUAUGAGAUACGAGCAGGGUUACGGUAAGGAAGGUGGAGAAUUCAACAACGGUCAAGCAGGUUAUAAUAAAGGAGAAAUUGCCGGUAAAGAUGUAGAAGGAAAUUCGGGUUAUUACAGCGGUACAAAUGGCGGAAAAAACGUCUACGAAGAUGGGAAGCAAUACCAUGGUGGUCAGAAAUACGAUCAAGAAGGUAAAAACGAAGCAGCCUCGAACAUGAUGAAGGGCCACAAGAAAGGGCACAAGAUAAAGGGCUUCAAAAACUCCCACCAGAAACAGGAGUCCGGCAAAACCGAAGAAUAUUACGACGAGGAUCACGACGAGGGCGGCAAUUACGCCUUUAACAAUCAAGGCGGCUCGUUCGGCGAGAACGCCGCCUCUUCGUUCAAAGGCGGUAAAGAGGAUGGUAAAUUCGAAGCGAAGGAGGCCAAGAAAGAGGGACAUUUCGGCAAAGAGUAUUUGGCGGAUAACGCUAAAGCGAAUCAAGGAAGGUACGGCGAAUCGAAAUUCGGCACGAGCGGCGGCAUGUACGGCAUGAACAAUGGCGCCGGUGUCAAUAGCAUGGCGGGUCAUUACAAUUCCAAUAAAUUCUUCAAACACCAUCCAUUUUACAAUUACUAUUACUAA